CGCUCUGGCAUUUUGUGUUUUUAAAGCCCCCAUUCUUCUGGCUCUCGUCUUUUCCCCCCGGCAUUUCAGCACUUUUCACGACACUGAACGAUAAUGGAACGGUCGCCGCUCGCAUCUCCUUCCAUGGACGCUGGGGAAUUCAGCUUUUCUGAAGUCGCUCCCCCGGUAAACGGAAGCAAGUCUCCAAGCCCUCCAAACAGCUCUUCAAGCAUCGUAUCCGAUUCUGAAGAGGUAAAUGGAAAAAUAGUUCCUGGGGCCGAACCCCCAAAACCAAAAAAGAAGAAAACAGGCCUCGACGCCCGUCCUGUAAAUACAGGCGACUUUGAACCAGAGCGCCACUUUUAUCCUCGAGUCCUCAACGCAAACAUUCAUCCUCUCGUCGCUUCAUUCUUUACCCUCGGCAACGAGCGCAUUCUAGCUCGAUAUACCCAUCUCAAUCCCCAAGUCAACAUUGCCGCUCUCAAAGAGCUCCUUGCAUACAAGCCAAAGUAUUUUCUAUGGGCCGGCUCAGACUUGUUUAACGUAACAACCGCAAGCGGGCACCGGCAAAUGAUCAUUGUUGAAACGAAUUCAUGCCCGUCCGGUCAGAAAUCCAUGCCACUUUUGUCCGACCCUGAAGAGCACGGCGGUUACGGCGUCGUAAUCGACCUCACUUUCAAAGAAUUGAUUCUGCAAGCAGACAAAUCUCUAGGAGACCUCGCUGUCGUCUGUGACAAAAACAUGAUGGAAGCAAGCGGAUAUGCUGCUGUCAUGGCAGAGUCAACUGGGGAACGCGUCUGGAUCGCAGAAUACUAUUUGGAGGACCCAGAUCCUCCAGUCAAAUGGGAAGAUGGCAUUAUGUACAUUCGCGAUGACAAAAAAGAAUGGCAUCCAAUCCGCGCGUGCUUCCGCUAUGUAACGCAAAAACCCUGGAAUCGCUUCCCUAUCAAUGCGAAAACCAUCGUCCUCAACAGUGUCGUGUCCUGUCUUGCUGGCGGCCGAAACAAGAUGAUGGCCGCUCGCGCGUAUGAUUUCCUCAACUCUGAGUUGGCUGGGACCGGGCUCGCCGUCCGCAUGCCAGAAACUAUUCGCAAUGUAUCAAAGAGCGAAAUACCGCUUUGGCUGGAUAGUAUGGGCGGACACGCCGUCAUCAAAGUCCCCUACUCAAAUGCAGGUCAAGGCGUCUACACUAUAACCAACAAAAAGGAACUGGAGGCCUUUAUGGAAACGGACCACUUUUACGACAAGUUUAUUGUUCAGUCCCUCGUCGGCAAUGCAUCUUGGAGCAGUGUCACCCGAGCCGGAAGGUUCUACCAUGUUGGAACCAUCCCAAAUAAAAAGAACCAUACCUUUGUCAGCGAUCUCCGCAUGAUGGUCACAGCCAAUGCCUGUGGUUUCAAGCCUGUCGCAUGCUAUGCUCGGAGGGCCCGAAAGCCCUUGUUGAGACAUUUGGAAGAUGAUCCCAAUGUAACAUCCUGGGAAAUGCUUGGCACCAAUCUUUCCGUCAAAGUCGACGAUGAAUGGACAACAGAAGCCCAACGUCUCCUCCUCAUGGACCGCAAAGACUUUAAUCAACUCGGUAUCGGGGUUGACGACCUGAUUGACGCGUACAUACAAACAGUUCUGAGCGUCAUUGCGAUUGACAAGAUGGCUCAACGGCUCAUGAAAGACAAUGCGGCAAAGGAGGGCGUCGAUUCAAAGUAUCCGUGGUUUAAUGAAAAGUUUUUUGAUUUCGAUCUCUUUGAGGCGCUCAACCCGGACAAGGCUCUACUGAGCGAAAUUAUUCACUAGUCAAGGGACAAGGAGGGGAGAGUGACGGUCGUCAGUAGCCUACUUCUUGUAUUUUUUGAUCGGUAGAUUUGUUUGCAGCAUGUGUGGAUUAAAACAGGAGGAAGUGUGAAUACUUCCAAACACAAUACAACUCCACACGCAGAUAUGGGUCCGUGUUUUCAAAAUACAUCUUCUCCGAGCUCACAUAUCAGGAUAUACAUAACAUAAUACAAAAUCAAAUGGG